CCCGUUCUGCCGUGCCCCGGAUGUGGCCCCUGCUCGGGAAAAUGGCAGCGCCGGGGUGGGCGGAGGCAGCGUUCUAGCGCCCGGUGCCGUCCCCGCCAUGGCCGACCUGGGCCGGCAGCUGCACGAGUACCUCGCGCAAUCCAAGGCUGCUACCGCCGCCAGCGGCCCCAGCGCGGUCCCCGCACCGCCGACCGCCGGCGGCUCGCAGGAGGAAGCGGGGGACGGCGGCGGGCUGCGGGCCUGGCUGGGGGCGCUGAACCCGUUCCCGUCGGGCGCUCCCCCGGGCGCCACGGUGUGGCCUUGGACGGGAGAGGAGGACCCGUGGCUGCCGGGGCUGUCGCGCUGGCAGCGGCUGGCGGGCAGCGGGCUGUGCGUGCUUCUGGCCGCGCUGUGCUUCGGGCUGGCCGGGCUGUGCGUGCCGCUGCUGCUGCUCCGCGCCCGCAAGUUCGCGCUGCUCUGGUCGCUCGGCUCGCUCUGUGCGCUGGGCGCCGCCGCGCUGCUGCGCGGGCCCGCCCGGCUGCUGCGGGAGCCCGGCCGCGGGGCGCUGCUGUACCUCGGGACGCUGCUCGGGACGCUGUACGCCGCGCUGGUGCUGCGCAGCACCGCGCUUACCGUGCUGGGCGCCGCCGCGCAGCUCGGCACCGCAGCCGCCGCGCUGCUGGCCGCGCUCCCCGGCGGUGCCGCCGGCCUGCGCCGCCUCAGCGGGCUGCUCCGCGCCGCGGUGUGCGGCCGAGGCAAGGCGCUGCCUCUGUGACACCGGCCCGGGCGCCGCGGUGAGCUCGGCUGUGCGGCCGCACCGGGGGAGGAGCGGCCGCGUCCCCGCUGGAG